AUGAGAAGGCAUUGGAAACAUGGAACCUUCGUCAAUAAAGAUGACUCACAACAAACAUCAGAUUAUGAUCCCUUCCAACUGAUACGAAUUUUGACCAGGAAAAUAACGCCAUCGCGGAUAUUAUUUAUAUUGAAUGUAUUUGCAAUAGUGGUUAUUCAGCUGGCGAUUGCAUUCGGUCUAACAGCUUUGAUUACACAAAUACCAGAAGUAUCCUACUGGACACUAACGCAUACCAUAGUUCUCUACGUGGUUUCUGGGAUAUACUUCACUCUCGAAUUCAUAUGGGCCUUCGUCAGAACGGUGUCAACAGUUUUCCCCUGGAAUAUGAUAUAUCUAAUAAUAAUGACAAUUCUCUCCUCCAUCAUCAUCGCCGCAGAAUCACUGGCCUACUAUGAUGAUGUCCCACUGAUUGUUUUCGCAUUCAUAUGGGUGAUGUUACAAGUCGUUGUCUCGUUCGCAAUAUUCAUUCCGAAUGAUUUCACUCAGACAUGGUUAACACGAAUAAUCAACGUUGUGUAUACUGUGACGAUAUUGGGUGGUCAAAUCGCCUUCUUUGUGCGACAGCAGGCUAAGAUUGCUCUACUUAUCGCUGGGGCUGUUGGAUUCCCAUGCACAUGUUAUUGUGAACAUCAUUUAUGCUGUGUUGUAAUUGUUAAUUUUGUAUUUCCCCUCACCAUACUGUAUCAACAGAACAUCAGAUUCAAUAAUCUGUAACAUGCUACGAUUUUCAAACUGAAUCGCCAAUACUGUUUGAAACAAACUCACUGUUAGUAUUAUUAUUUUUAUUGUAUUUACUAUUCUCAUUUUGUACUUCGAAUAUUUUUCACUUUAUACCAUAAAUAUGAAC